UCGGGGUGGUGCAGCGCAGCAAGGAUCUCCUGAAUUGAGCAUCCCUCUCCCUCCUCCCCUCCCCUCCCCUUCCAGAUUCUCUCUCUCUCUCUCUAUCCAUCCUCCCCCACACGGCAACCCAGCACAGCACGGCAGCAGCCCCGCAUCCUUCCUCUCCGGGCAGCAGCCAGACAUCCCCAGCCUCAGCGGUGAGAGAGCACGGAGCGCACCGAGUGAUGCUACUGCACCAACCGCAUCUCGCAUCAGCGAAAACACGCCAAGAAUAAACAGCCGCGUCUGCUGGGGGACUAAAAAGCGCCUUUUUUGUUUUUCUCGAGACCGCAACUGCCCAUGAAGAUGUCUAACGUUGACAUGGUCUUGAACGCCUCCGAACGGGUGGUUAAAUCUGUUCCCUUCCCCCUGAGCCACCGGCUGAGUAUGAAGGAGGUGUUUGACUGCGAGGGGAAGCCGCGCGUGGACCUGCUGAAGGCCCACCUCACCAAGGAGGGCCGCGUGGAGGAGGCGGUGGCCCUGCGCAUCAUCGACGAGGGCGCGGCCAUCCUGCGGCAGGAGAGGACCAUGCUGGACAUCGAGGCGCCCGUCACAGUAUGUGGAGACAUCCACGGGCAGUUCUUUGAUCUGAUGAAGCUGUUUGAAGUGGGAGGGUCACCUGCCACCACGCGCUACCUCUUCUUGGGAGACUACGUGGAUCGGGGGUACUUCAGUAUCGAGUGUGUUUUGUACCUGUGGUCACUGAAAAUCCUCUACCCAAAGACGCUAUUUUUACUGCGAGGAAACCACGAAUGUAGACAUUUGACAGAAUAUUUCACCUUCAAACAAGAAUGUAGAAUCAAGUACUCAGAGCAGGUGUACGACUCGUGCAUGGACGCGUUUGACUGCCUUCCCCUAGCUGCCCUCAUGAACCAGCAGUUCCUGUGUGUCCACGGUGGCCUCUCGCCAGAAAUACACACCUUAGACGACAUAAAAAAGCUGGACAGGUUCAAGGAGCCUCCAGCGUUUGGACCCAUGUGCGACCUGCUCUGGUCCGACCCCUUGGAGGACUUCGGAAACGAGAAAACCCAAGAAUACUUCAGCCACAACACAGUGAGGGGCUGCUCGUACUUCUACAGCUACCCCGCGGUGUGUGAGUUCCUGCAGAAUAAUAGCUUAUUAUCGAUCAUCCGAGCACAUGAAGCACAGGAUGCUGGUUACCGGAUGUACAGGAAGAGUCAGACCACAGGCUUUCCAUCUUUAAUCACCAUCUUCUCAGCGCCAAACUACCUUGAUGUUUACAAUAAUAAAGCUGCUGUCCUCAAAUACGAGAACAACGUGAUGAACAUCCGUCAGUUCAACUGCUCCCCCCACCCCUACUGGCUGCCCAACUUCAUGGACGUCUUCACCUGGUCUCUGCCCUUCGUCGGAGAGAAAGUUACAGAGAUGCUGGUCAACGUGUUGAGUAUCUGCUCUGAUGACGAGCUCAUGAACGACGGGGAGGAGAUCUUUGAUGCCAAUGCGGCGGCCGCUCGGAAGGAGGUGAUCAGGAAUAAGAUCCGCGCCAUAGGGAAGAUGGCUAAGAUGUUCUCAGUGUUGAGGGAGGAGAGUGAGAACGUCCUGACGCUGAAGGGGCUGACCCCCACUGGUAUGCUGCCCAGCGGGGUUCUCUCAGGGGGCAAACAGACGCUGCAGAGUGCAACCAUUGAAGCCAUUGAAGCCAUAGAGACGAAGGUUGAGGAUGGAGAAGCGAUCCGCGGAUUCUCUCCGCAGCACAAGAUCAGCAGCUUCGAGGAGGCGAAGGGCCUGGACCGCAUCAAUGAGCGCAUGCCACCGAGGAAGGACGCCGUCAACAAUGUGGGACACUCCAUGGGCAAGAUGAACGUGUCGGAGCCCAACGGCACGGACGAUAACAGCAAUAUACAGUGAUCCCGCCCGCUGCCGAGCGGCGUCUGCUACCGCCAACACCGCUGCUGCGUGUGGGGCAGAACAUCGAAAACAACAUCAGGCCUCUGCUCUGCGGAAAAAAACAACACAGAAACCUAUUAAAAAAGACAGCAUCUUCAUCAACAAAAGACUUUUGCUUGAAUUUUAAAUAGGGAAACAAACACAUUCUCCUUGUACAGGACGGGAAGGUGGUUGGCUUUUGAUGGCGGAUUGCUAGAGCCGCUCAGACGAGGUGAAGCUCUCGUACGCUUGGUGGACAGGGGGCUGGUGAAGGGGAAAAGGAACAAGGUUUAAGGACAAAGGAUAGAUGGGCGGGACCCCUGGCAGGAAAAGACCCCCUUUCUCUUCCCCCACCUCUCUCCCCAAAAAGUGCGUUAACUGCUUCCUCUUCCUGUUGGCCCACUGACAGACAAGGGGACAGCAGUUUAGAGAUGUUUUGGGGUUCUCUCACAAAGUCACUUCAUUGCAAUGCUUUGGAAG